CUGCGCCGGAAGUAUAAUUCUUAAACGCUGAUGUGUUACCUUCAUUGAGAUCUGUUACAGUUGAACUUCAAGCCGGUGUUUGGUAUAACAGUCCAUCCAAAUUGCUCAAUACUGUACAAGUCGAUGUCAAAAAAGGACCUACUUCGCGUACGUGAAAAAAGCAGCAGCACAGGGUUGAGGAACUAAUGGCGCCCAAAGGUAAGGUCGGGACUAAAGGCAAGAAGCAAAUCUACGAGGAGAAUGAGGCGACACUCAAGUUCUACACCAGAGUAAUCUUGGGAGCCAACGCGAUAUACACUGCGUUAAACCUCUUGGUCUUCUAUAGCUCUUCAACGUUUUGGACAUGGUUUGCGCUGGUGUUUGCCCUGGCAGUGUGUGUGGGCAGUUACCGCGCCAUGUCUGCCAUGGCCCAAGCAGUGUUUGGUGAGGAUGGGAGUCUGCUCGAUGGUGGAAUAGAUCUGAACAUGGAGCAGGGGAUGGCAGAGCAUCUGAAGGAUGUUAUCCUGCUAACUGCUAUAUUACAAGUGCUCAGCACCAUCUCCUCCUGCUUCUGGUACCUUUGGCUGCUGGCCCCGGCCCGAGCAAUGUUCCUGCUGUGGGUGAACUUCCUAGGCCCCUGGUUUUCUGCCGAGACCCCUGGUGCAGCCCCAGAGGAGGUGAAUGAGAAGAAGCAGAGACGACAGGAGCGCAGACAGAUGAAGAGAUUCUAACUUGGCAGACUGCCGUAGUAUUUCUAUACGCAGAAUGAAUCUAAGUACAGCCAGGAACUCUACAGUUAAGUUAUUCAGGAGGAACUUUUGAUGUGUACACAAAGACAUCCAGGUAUGGAUAAAGAAUUCAACUGAACCCUGUGGGUUGUCUGGUUUUCCUCUCUCCCUAUCCCUCCAUCCUUCCAAUUCUUCCUCUCCCCUCUAUCAUUAAUUAUCCUUUUUCUUCACAUCUGGAGAGGAAAUCUUCCUUGUUGGGCUGAUGAUCUCGUCACCAGUACAUGUUGUCAUAUACCUUGGCCUGUAAUUUGUUUACAUCCAAUUGUUCAUAAUCUAGGUCUAUGUAUCACACCAAUUUCAUCUGAACUAGUGAAAAUUAUGUGGUGAUCUUACCCUAUGGCAGACCUUUUUAUUUUAGACUAUGCUCAUCAGAUCACACGCUCAUGCCCAAUUCCAAAUAGACCACUAGCCACUACCAUCUAGGUGCUAAUCUAGACCAAGGGGGAACUAUAACCUAAAUUUCACAGAUAUUUAUUUCAGAUCUACAUGCGGUGCAUAGGGUUAGGUGCUAGGUGUUGGUUUGGAAUUGGGCAUAUCUGACGAAGGUCAAAAUUAAAUCUGAUUGUGCUUUGUCUGCAAUGCACAGUUUAAAGGCAAUGUUCUCGCGGAGACUACAUUCACUGUUAAUUCUGCAUAUGUUGGCUUUUACGGAAAGGACUUUUACACUGAACAAAAAUAACAACGCAACAUGUAAAGUGUUGGUCUCAUGUUUCAUGAGGUGAAAUAAAAGAUCCUAGAAAUGUUCCAUAUGUACAAAAAGCUUAUUUCUCUCAUGUUGUGCACACAUUUGUUUACAUCCCUAUCAGUCAACAUUUGGUUACAUAAUCCAUCCACCUGACAGGUGUGGCAUAUCAAGAUGCUGAUUGAACAGCAGGAUCAUUUCCCCGGUGCACCUUGUGCUGGGGACAAUAAAAGGCCACUCUAAAAUGUGUAGUUUUGUCACAGAUGUCUCAAGUUGAGGGAGCAUGCCGACUGCAGGAAUGUCCACCAGAAUUGAAUGUUAAUUUCUCUACCAUAAGAGGCCUCCAUCAUUUUAGAGAAUUUGGCAGUACGUCCAACUGGCCUCACAACCGCAGACCACGCGUAUGGCUUCAUGUGGGCGAGUGAUUUGCUGUGGUCAACGUGAACAGAGUGCCCCAUGGUGGGGUUAUGGUAUGGGCAGGCAUAAGCUACGGACAACAAACACAAUUGCAUUUUAUCAAGGGCAAUUGGAAUGUAUAGAGAUACUGUAACAAGAUCCUGAGGCCCAUUGUCAUGCCAUUCAUCCACUGCCAUCACUUCAUGUUUCAGCAUGAUAAUGCACGGCCCCAUGUUGCAAGGAUCUCUACACAAUUUCUGGAAGCUGACAAUGUCCCCGU